AAAAUAGCUGUGCAUGGUCGUGUCUUGUUUUUUGCAAUUUUGAAUUCCGCCUGAAAUUUGUCUCUGCCUCAAUAUUUCUCUUUUAAAUUCUUAUUGGGAAUUUUUUUCCUUUUAAAUUCCUAUAAAUAUAAUUCUUUUGAAGAUCUCAUUAACCCUCUGAGAUUCUCCCAAAUUUUAACUCUUUAGAUUUUUUUUUGAGAGUUCUCAAAGAACAAAAAAGAACUGGAAUUGAAAAGCUGGGGUUUUUGGCUCCCUGUGUAUUCUUUCGGUUAUGAUUUAGCCCUAUUAGCCUUGAGUAUCACUUCUCAUUAUGAACAACCAAUAUGGUGAAGAUGGAGAUGAAGCCACUGUUAUGGGGUUUGAAGUGCCUAGAUCACCUGAUUCAAGUUAUAAUAAUGUGUACCCCGGAUAUGAAGACGAUGCACGUGACCCGCCUGUUGUCCCUCCGCACCUACAUCGUACCAUGCUUAGCUGCCCUGCAAGCAUAAAUGCUUCUGGGAGUCUUCCUUUACCUGGGAAUGUGAUUUUAAACCAUCUUUACAUUGAAAACCGAGAGGCACCAAGAUCGGUAGUGGCACUUGGAUUCACUCAACGAUUCCGUUCAAAGUAUGUUACUGUCAUACUAUACAAACCGGUUCCAAGAAGAGGGAGUACUGGUACUUAAAACAUACGGGAACCGGUAACAGUGCUCCCUGUCGGGUCACUCGGUUUGCCAUAGUGAUGAAAUUAGUUUGCAAUAGACUCAAAUACUGAAUUUAGCUGAAAGAGUAUUUAUUUUGUUUUCACAGCCAUUGUUGAACCUGAAAGUUAUGAUAUUUGACAUGAAAUUUCAGUUA